AAACCGGAAGUUAAUAGUUUACAUCCUUGAAAACUAGACACAAGGGAUGUAAUGUGUGUUUAACCGAAACUAAUUUUAUCAUGAAUUGUAAAAAGAUUUUAAACGACGCUGUUUUAAGUGUUAAAAGCAUUUCGUUUGUUAAUCAGAAGGAUUAGAUCAAAUAUAUAAACGCGAAAACACUACAACGUUGAACUGAAGAAAGAGGCGAAUAAGUCGACGUCAAAAGCGCCAAACGUUACGCGACAUGCAAUGACGUCAUUUCUUACGGCGGUUGUAAUUUCAAAAUGGCGACCAACUAUGACGACAGGUCCUAAAAAGUAUAAAUAUUGAUCUUUUUAUGAUGAAAAGGGAACUUACUGACGAAACAAAUAUAAGGAUCUGUGGUAAAUUAACAAAAAUGAAAUAAAAUGGCAUAUUUAUCGGUUCCAACACGACAUGGCAGUUUAUUUCAAAAUGACAAGACCGCUGCAAAAGUUUUCGAAAGGAAGCGUGCACAGAAAACUGACGAAUAUUUCAAUAGAAACACCCGUAAAAGCUUUUCCGAUGACGGAGAUAAAGUAACAGUUAAUGUUGGAGGUAAAAAAUUCCUAACUCGAAAAUCGACGUUAAGAAAUGUACCAGGUACAACGCUGGCAACUUUAGAUGAAACGAGUGAACAUUAUGAUGUACUUGCAAAAGAAUAUUACUUCGACAGAAAUCCUUUUUUAUUUACAUAUAUUUUGGACUACUAUCGCACCGGAAAUAUGCACCUUCCGAGGAAUGUAUGCGCGUCAUCUAUUAGAGAAGAAAUUAAAUUUUGGGAUCUUGGUGACGGCUGUAUUUCUGAAUGUUGUCGGAAGUUUUAUUUCGACGAGUUGGAUGAUUAUACAACGUAUGAACUGAUUAAAGACGAGUUUUAUAGUUUACCAACUUACACUGGCGCGUCCUCAGAUUGCAGUUUAACUAUUGAAAGUAGACUUCAAGAAUUCAGAAGAAGGGCAUGGGUAUUCAUUGAUAACCACGAGUCUUCAAUCCCUGCAAAGAUAUUUGCAGUAAUCUACUACGGUCUUAUUAUCCUGACAAUACUUAACCUUUUCAUCUCGACGGUUCCGUCAUUGCGGCAGCCAUUACAGAAGCACGUGCUCAUCCGGUCAGCAGACGACAUUGUACCGGAAUUCGAAUAUUUAAACAGCAUCAAUGGAACAAUGAAAACCCUUCUUUCAACCGACCCGCCAGACGGUCUUGUUAUAUUGGAUGUAAUUUGUCUCAUAUUUUUCACAAGUGAAUUCCUGUUCCGGCUUUUUGUAACGCCUUCAUUGCGGCAAAGUUUCAAAAGUUGGUAUACUUUGCUGGAUAUUCUUUAUCUAGUGCCUGCAUGGACUAGAUUAAUAAUCGACGUUUCUAAGCCAUUUUUCUGGCAGCAGGGGUCCAAGAAUACGACAUUCUUGAUAAUACUUGACGCCAUGGUGGUACUGAGAGUGUUUCGAAUAUUCAGACUCUUCCGCCAUUACCGCGGACUGCGGGUCCUACUUUUGGCAGUUAAAGCGAGCGUUAGCGAACUUAUGUUACUGGUAGUGUUUGUCCUCUUUUCUCUGACCAUUUAUGCGAGCCUUGUAUUUUGUGCGGAACAAUACAACACGGAUCAAGAAAGCGGAAGUGACACAUUUUAUAGCAUCUUCUACGGACUUUGGUGGGCUUUGAUAACUUUGACAACAGUCGGAUAUGGUGAUAUCUAUCCGGUGACAACAAUAGGGCGAAUAAUCGCCUGCUUAUGUGCAAUAACUGGACUACUGAUAAUCGGUAUGGUCGUACCGAUUAUCGCUGGCAAUUUUCAUCUUUACUACGGAUUUCGUCAUGCCGGAUGUGAAGAUUUUGAACUAUUUAAGCCAGACUUUGUACCCACAGAGAGCGAGAAUCCUUUACCGGAUAUUGAAUUUGAAAAUUAUGUUCCAAGAGACCGACGUCUAUCAUGGGUUCCUGGUAGUGUGGAACAAGUUGAGGGUGUUUUCAGGUCCAUGAGUCAAAAAAGCUUUAAGGAAGUCAAUGGGGCGAUUCCAUUACAAGAUAUAAGAACUUCCAGGACAAAAGCCAGAUUUCCGUCUAAAAAGAACAAUACUGUAGUUUCUCCAGAUGUACCGGAAGUAGAAUUGAGGAACGCCAGUCCAAAAUGAGGCUCAUCACAGGGAAACUGGCUAAAACAAACGAUAUCUGACCAGGAGAAAGAGGCCAUCUUUAGCGAUCUAUAUACCUGACUAGCAACCGGAAGUGUGUUGAAGUAUGUCCGCUUCAGAUUGAAAAUGCCAAACGGAAGUUAUAAAUUAUUUUGAAACAUUAAACAGUGACUAACGAUUUGUUCAACUGUUACAUACAUGACUGUAUUGUGCUGUAUUUCCACAAGAUUACUGUGCAGAUUCAAUGUAAUUUUGAAUGUUGCUGCAUUUGUUAUACGUACAACACGUGCAAGUGUUUUUCUUUUCUAUUGUACAUGUACUGUAGCACUGUAAUUUUGAUAAUGUAUAAAAAUAUGUUUACAUAGAAAUAUAUGCCUAUAGUACAUAACCA